CUCCUCCCGCGCGGGCCGCCAGCUUCCUGCCGGCGCCCGGUGCCGCCGCGGCCGCGCACGGGGCUGCUCCGCGCCACGCCGGCAGGUGCCGCCGCCGCGGGCUGCGCUGCGCUGCGCUGCGCUGGGGCCCGGCGGCGCCAUGGCGGGCGGCGGCUACGGCUGCUACCGGGCGGCGAUCUUCGGCGCCAUGUUCGGCGGGUACACGCUCUACUACUUCAACCGCAAGACCUUCUCCUUCGUCAUGCCCGCCGUCAUGGCCGAGGUGCCGCUGGGCAAGGACGAGCUGGGUCUCAUCACCAGCAGCCAGUCCGCGGCUUACACCAUCAGCAAAUUUAUCAGCGGCGUCCUGUCCGAUCAGAUGAGUGCCCGCUGGCUCUUCUCCUCCGGCCUGCUGAUGGUGGGCUUGGUCAACGUGGCCUUCUCCUGGAGCUCCACCGUGACGGCCUUCGCGGGGCUGUGGUUCCUGAACGGGCUGGCGCAGGGGCUGGGGUGGCCGCCCUGUGCGAAGGUGCUGCGAAAAUGGUUUGAGCCGUCCCAGUUUGGGACUUGGUGGGCAAUCCUGUCUACAAGCAUGAACUUGGCUGGGGGCUUAGGCCCCAUUGUUGCUGCUGUCGUGGCUCUGAAGUACGAUUGGCGUACGACUUUGUCCUUCUCUGGCUUCAUCUGCGUGGUUGUCUCUUUUAUUUGCCUUGUCCUGAUAAAAAAUGAGCCGUCGGAUGUUGGGCUACCCAACAUUGAACAAGGAACCAAGAAAGGGAAGAAAGGGUCCUCCGAGGACAAUAGCACUCUGACAGAGCUGCUGCUCUCACCAUACCUCUGGGUGCUCUCAACAGGCUACUUGGUUGUUUUUGGAGUGAAAACAUGCUGUACAGACUGGGGACAGCUCUUCCUCAUCCAGGAGAGGGGACAGUCUGUGCUUGUGGGUAGUUCCUACAUGAGUGCCUUGGAGAUUGGAGGUCUGGUGGGCAGCAUUGCUGCUGGGUACCUUUCUGACAGAGCAGUAGCAAGAGUAGGUCUGUCAAACUACGGGAAUCCUCGGCACGCGCUGCUGCUUUCCAUGAUGGCAGGAAUGUGCGUUUCAAUGUAUCUGUUCCGGGUCACGGUCACAGGCGACUCUCCCAAGGAAAAUAACAUCUGGACUGUAGCCUUGCAACCUCUAGCUGAUCUCACAGGCCUAAAAGAAAAUGAGCUGUGGAUACUGACUCUCGGAGCUGUGUUUGGGUUUUCUUCGUAUGGACCCAUCGCCCUUUUUGGGGUUAUAGCCAAUGAAAGUGCCCCCCCCAACCUGUGCGGUACCUCCCAUGCCAUCGUGGCUCUCAUGGCCAAUGUUGGGGGUUUUCUGGCUGGACUACCAUUCAGUACCAUUGCCAAGCACUACAGCUGGGCCACAGCCUUCUGGGUAGCUGAAAUCACCUGUAUUGGUAGCACAGUGGCCUUCUUCCUAUUGCGGAACAUCCGCACCAAGAUGGGUCGGAUUCCCAAGAAGGCUGACUGAAGAUAAGCUGCUUGGUGAAAAAGAUGCCCCUACACUGACGUGAAUGAUGCACUACUUUUUUUUUUUUUAUUAACUGGCCUAGGAGUGUGUUACCUAUUGCUGCAACCUAGAUAAAAAUGUCUCAAUUUCUCA